AUGGGCGAUAAUAACGCUUCAAGAGACAAAAGCAGUGAACCAAUUAACCUUACUGUACAUGGGCAGGAUGGUUCAAUUAUCCAUUUCAAGAUAAAGAAGUCAACUCCUUUCAAGAAACUUAUGACUGCCUACUGCCACCGACUGGGCUAUACUCUAAAUAAUGUACGUUUUACAUGCGAUGGUGAGCACAUAAAUCAAGAUGAUACUCCUGAGUCGAUGGACAUUGAUAAUAACGACACCAUCGAGGUAUUCCAAACUCAAACCGGUGGAAUAUAA